AUGAAUGGGGAUGAAAUAAAGCAGGCAGUUCUCAACAAAGCACAGCAGAUGGCCAGCGUAGCCGCCCAGGCCGCCAAUGGCAACGGCGGCAAGAAGAGGAGGAAGGGCACCGAUCUGAAGCCCAUUGUCACCAACGAGGCCUCGUCGCUGCCCGAUCCCAGUAUGGGCAGCGCCGCCGCCCAGGGCGUCCCCGCCGUCGCAUCCCCGCUCUCCCACCAGAAGGCCGUCUACGGCGUCCCGCUCUCCCGGGCCUCUUCCACCACCUCCUCUGGCGACGACCCCGCGGAGACGACCGCGGAUGAGGAAGAUUCGGAGGACUACUGCAAGGGCGGCUACCACCCCGUGUCCGUGGGCGAAACCUACAACAAUGGACGCUACGUCGUCGUGCGGAAACUGGGCUGGGGUCACUUCUCGACCGUCUGGCUGUCCCGCGAUACCACCACCGGAAAACAUGUCGCCCUGAAGGUCGUCCGCUCCGCCGCCCAUUACACGGAAACCGCCAUCGACGAGAUCAAGCUGCUCAACCGGAUCGUCCAGGCAAACCCUACUCACCCCGGCCGCAAGCACGUCGUCAGUCUGCUCGAUUCGUUUGAACACAAAGGCCCCAACGGGGUGCACGUCUGCAUGGUGUUCGAAGUGCUGGGAGAGAACCUGCUGGGCCUGAUCAAGCGAUGGAACCACCGGGGCAUCCCCAUGGCGCUGGUCAAGCAGAUCACCAAGCAGGUCCUCCUCGGGCUGGACUACCUGCACCGUGAGUGCGGCAUCAUCCACACCGACCUGAAACCGGAGAACGUAUUGAUCGAGAUCGGUGAUGUGGAGCAGAUCGUCAAGACCUACGUCAAGGACGAGCCUAAGAAGGAGAACAAGGAAGACAACCGCAACGGUCGCAGACGGAGAAGAACCCUCAUCACGGGCAGCCAGCCGCUGCCCAGCCCCUUGAACGCCAGUUUCACCAAUCUCGACCACAAGCCAAGCUCACACAGCAGUCUCAACCAGAUGAUAUCAGAGUCGUCGCCAGGUACACCCAACCAAGCACUCUCGAUGAAGGAGGCACUGGGCGUCAAGGACGAUGACGAAAAACAGAAGCAGAGAGAGAAGACCACUGAUCUGCUAGAAAGGGAAGUCUCCGGCAUCUCGCUAGACAAGGCCUCAGACCAAUCAAGCGAGGAUCUACCGUUUGAUAUUAUCUCCGUCAAGAUCGCGGAUCUGGGCAACGCCUGCUGGGUCGGCCACCACUUCACAAACGACAUACAGACACGGCAAUAUCGCUCACCAGAGGUCAUCCUGGGCGCCAAGUGGGGUGCCAGUACGGAUGUCUGGAGUAUGGCAUGCAUGGUCUUCGAGUUGAUUACUGGAGAUUACCUCUUCGAUCCACAGUCCGGCACAAAAUACGGCAAGGAUGACGAUCACAUCGCUCAGAUCAUCGAGUUACUGGGUCCAUUCCCCAAAUCGCUAUGCCUCUCUGGUAAAUGGUCUCAGGAGAUCUUCAACCGCAAAGGCGAGCUACGAAAUAUCCAUCGUCUUCGUCACUGGGCGCUACCGGACGUUCUUCGAGAGAAAUACCACUUCACCGUGGAGGAGAGUCGGCGUAUCAGUGACUUCCUUCUCCCCAUGCUGGAGCUGCUUCCGGAGAAGCGAGCCAACGCGGGUGGCAUGGCCAGUCAUGAGUUCCUGAAAGAUACGCGGGCCAUGGAAAAUGUAGAUCUGGGUAUUCCUCCCGGCAGUCGGGGUGAGGGCAUUGAAGGUUGGGCGAUGGAGGUAAAGCGACGGUGA